AGUUUGGGCAGCCCUGGUUUAAAGCUUAUUUUGCCCCAUUCAAAUUCAAGUCAAAGAGUUUCAUAAUGGAAUAGUGGCAGAGUCGAGUACUGUAUAUAUAAUGCUAUAAACUAAAGCCUAGUUAUUUCUACAGUGAUCUCAUAUUGACAGUGUUAUGUUGUUUUGAAUAUUCUGAAUAUGAGCCAAUUUGCAGGUCCCGUUGAUCACUAUUAUAUGGGUUAUAGAAAAUGGAAUUCGAACUAAAUGUAGUUUUUAUUGACAUGAAAAUAACACAAAGAUUUGAAUCGUCACAUUUAUUUAUAUAGCGCUUUAUACAAUACAGAAUGUUUCAAAACCGCUCCACGGGAAUAAAGAGAAAAUUAGUAGCACUGUAAAGUUUUAACAAUUAUAAAAUGACUUCACUUUUAGCUGUAAAUCAGCUCUACAGAAGAUAAUUACCAUUAUUAGGUCAAGACAGUUAAGUGAUUCGAUUCAGUUCGGUGGCAGUGUCAAUGUUACAGAGUUUAUCAAAUUACAAAAAAAUUCUAUCCAGCUAUAAAGCAGCUCUAAAGACGACAAUAGUGUCAUUAUUCAGAUCAAUUGACUUUAACCAUGAUUCAGUUCUAUUCAGUAAUUUCCUUAUUAGUGAAACGGCUGCAAUGCCAGCUGUACUGAAGACAAUAGUGCCAUUAUCCAUUUCAGCUCAGAUCUCAUCCAGUUGUGCCAGUGCAGUCAAAUCCGUAAUAUUUCUGAAAGUUAAUUCUCUUAAGCACAAGAGUAUUGACUAAAUAAUGAUGUAAUAUCAUGAUGAUUGUUAUAGUUUUUGUGUUCACUUCAGUUUAGGGUAAAUAACCAUUGCCGCUUUACAAGUCAGUAACCACAUAUUUGAGAUUGCAGGUUAUGAGUUCAAGAAUAGUCCAUUGAAAAGCAUUUAUCUAAUUUGAUCACAGCAUCUCUGGACCUUUGGGCCUCACAUAGGAUGGAAAAUAUAAUUUAUCGAAAGCAGUAACCUUUUAAUGGACUAUCAGGCACAAAUGACACCAUGAGCAUGACCUUUUUGAGGGUAAAUAUGAUUUAAUGUUCAGUCAGCCAUAUUUUUCCAUUCUGUCCUGCACUGUCCUCAUUCUAAUCUCUCUCUGUUUCACUAUUCAGUUCCGUUUUCUUCCUCAUAACCAGCUAUUCUUACACUUCUUGUCUCAAACUGAUUCUCUGAUAUUAGCAUAGCCAGGCCUCAAACUGACUGACCUCAGCAUGGGCAUUGAGAGUCAGGGCCCCACGCGCCCUGCAGGAAGCCUGAUGCCAAAGCAGGUCAAGACAUUUCAGAAGGUGGAGCCGAAAGCACUGGGGUCCAUUCAGAUCAUUAUCGCGGUCUUGUGCUUGUGUCUGAGCAUCACCAUUCUUCAGCUCUAUGAAGAGGUUCACUUCUCUCCUGAUGUCAUUGUCGUGGUAGUGAUCGUUGUUCAGUUGCUUGUGUCUGGAUCCAUUUUAAUCCACGCUGGACGGUUCCCGUCUCUGUUCUGGGUGAAAGCCACACUGGUUGCUCACCUGGUCAGUGCAGCGUUUUCCACUGCUGUUCUUGGGCUGCUGUCCCGUCACCUGCCUUACCGUCAGGACACGUACCACUGUGAGCACUGCAGGAGACUGGAGAUCUAUGCUGUGCAACAAUAUUGUUUCAGGAAGUGCAGUUAUACUGUCGAGAGAAAUUGUAAACUCUUGAUUGAUGGCUUCUUGGCCACACUGGUUCUGUUUCUGGUGGUGGAGUUGGCGAUCUGCAUUGUAACCAUUUUGUUCGGACUAAAUGCUCUGGCUAAAGGCAGCGUGCAGCUUCUUGGUUUCAGACAGCGUGCUGCCCCAUCUCAGCCUGAGGUGAUCACCCCUAGCCAACCUCAGGUGGAGGUGAUGGUCUCAGAAGUGGAGCCAAUGCCUGAGCGUGAGCCUGAACCCAGAUCUGAGCCGAUAGAAGAAAUGCCCAGCCCUCCCACUGAACCUCAAGUGGCCCCCAUUGACUCUUUAACAGACGUUUGACGCUUCGUGCUCAUGUGAUCUGUAUGUAUAUUGUAGUAGAGGUGCGUUAGACAUGAGUGAGGCUUUAGCAGCAAGGGUUUUGUAUUUUAGUGAUGGAUGAAAUCAACAUGAUAGGGUUUUAUGAUAUAGGCCAUUAUCAUUAUACAUAAAGGGAUGGUUCAACCAAAAAUAGAAAUUAAUUUACUCAUGUUGUUUCAAAUCUGACUUUCUUUAGUACACUGCAAAUGGAUGGGGACCAAAAAAAAUCACCAUAAAAGCAAAAACAAGAAUGGUUCAUAUAACUUGUGCACUAUAUUCCAAGUCUGAAGUCAUACAUUUAUGUCAUCCGUUAAAAUAUUGCUUGACUACUGUGAUCUCUGUUCAUGUUUACAAAAAGAGCAAUUGAGACACCCUACUAUUAUUUUGCCAUUUUGCAUUCCACAUAAGAAAUAAACAUUUUUA